CAGUUCAAGAUGGCUGCUCCAGCGUCGAUGCGAGAUGCUCUGAGACGAGGCUGGGCUCCUUUCAUGAAAUAUGCAUUUGAUAAAGAGCCUAUUAUUGUCAUAUCGCUUGCUCUUGGAGCCAUUGCGCCUGUUUUAGUGUUUGCUAGUCCGUUCCGGAAGUCUGCAGAAGCUAGAAAUGAGAGAUUUCCAUGGGACUAUCCAGUGCCAAAGAGAUACGUGGAAGGUGUAACUGGACCACCAUCAUCUAUAUAGUAUUCAUCAAGUUUUGUAGAUAUAUUUCAAAAUACAGUGUGCGCAUGUACCUUUAUGACAAUGAGUUGUUGUAGUCGAGUGUGAUAUCAAUUAAAUUGUGGUGUUUAUACUUGUGGCGUCUUUAAUUAGUACAACUAAUCACAUGGGAGUGAACAUUUAGCUUCUUAUAGGCUGAUGUUUUUGCUGAGAUUAAAGUAAUACUUUUGCCACGCAUAGAUGUUUUCAUCAUGGAUAGAUAUUGCUGGAUUUCAUAGAAACUGAAUAUUCUUGUACUUGCUGUAUGCAGUGGGGGACAUUUACACCCCAGUCAAAUUAAAAAGUCUAAAAAUUAUAA